AGUUCGUUUAAAAAGGUGUUGUCUUUUAAAAGUGCUGCACGUAAAUUUAGCAUUUUGUGACAUUUUCGGUGAAAAUUGUAUCAAAUAACUAGUAAAAUAUAUAAAAUUCCAUAGAAACGAGCUUUGGCGAUCCAUAGUUAUAGUAAAUAAUAUAUAAACAAAAAUGGGCAACAACAAAAGUAAAACUGUCAAUAUCACAACGGAGGCAUCCAAAGACAAGGAAGAAGUUGUCGUUGGUGCUGGCAAAGUCGUUGGAAUUGAAGAUGGCGACCACAAGCCCGUCCCAAAUGGCGAAACUGGCAAAGAAACCACUGAAAAAACUGAAGAUAAAAAGGAGGAAGUUGCUGCGACGUCUUCUGAUGCCCCAGCAGAAGGAGCAGCAACAACGUCAGACGAAAAACCCGCCGAUGACAAGGAAAAAGCUGAUGAAACCUUGAACGAGAGCAAAGCAGCAGACACUACUGCCGUUGAGGAGAGCGCGAAAAAGCCUAAAAAGGAAAAACUCAUCAAAAAAUUCUCGUUCCGUGCUUUCUCGUUCGGCAAAAAGGACAAACAGAAGCCGAACACAACGAAAGACGAAACCGUUGCCGAAGUUGCUGACACUACAACAACGGAAACUGCUGCAACUACUGAAGAAGUGAAGGCUGAGGAAACAAAAGUUGUCGAAGAAAAAGCUGCCGAGCCUGAGAAGAAAGCUGUUGAGGAACCUAAAGUUGAGAAAACUGAAGAAAAGAAGGUCGAGGAAGCUCCAGUGAAGAUUGAAGUGAAAGCUGAGGUGCAAAAGGAAGAAAAGAAGGAAGAAGUUAAGGUUGAAGAACCCAAAAAGGAAGAAGUUGUUGAACCUGUUGCAGAAAAAGUGGAAGCAGCUCCCGUUGUUGUUGAAGAAACAAAGCCCACCGAAGAGCCCGCCAAGGUCGAGGAAGAAACUAAAGAAGAGCCAGUUGUGGAAGUCCCAAAAGUUGACGAGGUAAAAGAAGACAAUCAAAACGUUGUUAUUGAUGCUGCAGGAGAAACAAGUGAUAUUCCUCCCCUUCCCGAAAAUCCCCCUCCUUCCCAAGUAAUGGCAUUUGUCGAGUCUGUCAUUGACAAGCCACAAUCCACGAUUGAGGAGACAAUUAUUGCGCCCGUUGAAAAAAUUGUCGAGCCAGUCGUUGAAGCCGUUACGGAAGAUGCCAAAGUUUUAGUUGAAAACGUUUCCGCCAAAGUUGACGACGUUGUCACUGACGUCAAGGAAGAGCUAAUUGCUCCCGUGUCUGAUGCCAUCGAGCAAAUCCUUGAGGAAGCCAGUGACAAAGUCGCCCAAAUCGAAAGCGAACCCAAAGUCGAACAAAUUGCCGAGACAAUUGCACUACUUGACGAAGUGAACAAGGGUGUCUUGCCCUCCGACGAGAGUAGCGAGAAUUUGGAAGCUGCUGUUCCUUCGUCUCCCGAACUUUCCCCCGAAAUUGUUGCAGCUCCUCCGGUUGACGAUGUCUCGUCUCUUCCAUUGCCACAAGACAGUUUCGAUUCUCUUGCGUCGCCUCCUGCUUCCGAAUCGCAAAGCGAUAACAGCUUCCCACCCCCACCCCCUCCCGAAACACUUCUCGAAGAGUCUGUCGAACAACCUGCAGUCGCUGCAGCAGUUGAUGAUGCGCCAUUAAUGAAUACGGCGGAGGAACCUGCUGAAGAUAAGGUUCCCGCAGUAAAUGGAACUGAACAAAAUGGACAUGAGAAACUCGAGAACGGUCAAAAUGGACAUGCUGAGGAGAAAACGAACGGCCACAAUGGAACGGAAGAAGAAGAGAAGCCCGUUAAUGGCACAGAUAAAGCCCUCAAUGGGGAUUCCGAACAUAUUAAGGAUCCAAUUUGUGACGUAGAAAAGCUAAAGAAUACAAUUGCGGAAACUGUGCCAACAGUGGCAGAGGUAGAAUAAAAUGGUCCAAAACUUAUUUUAUAAUAUUAAUAAUUAAUAUAAUAAUAAUAAAAUACAGGAGUAAUUUUACAUUUUUGCAAUUGAAAGUAUAUAAUUUAGCUAUGUAAGUUGUACCAAUAAAAAUUGUCAACAAUUCUUCCGAUUAACGACACAAAACAUGCAAGAAAAAAAUUGAUAAAUGUAAUUAUCGCUAUUAAAAUUUCUUAAAAUUAAUAAUACAUUCUCAAAAUAUAUAUAAUAAAAAAGUAAAUAUUGGCUGUAAUAUUAACGAAAAAGAAAAAAAAACGCGAUAUAAGACUUUAAUCGGACCAAAAUCUUACUUUAUACUUUAGCUUUUUUAUACGCCACGCAUCUUAUUAUUAUUAAAAUUAUAAUAAAUUCAUAAAAUUGACGAACAUGUACUCCUAAAUAAAGAAAAAACUAAAUAUUGAAUGAUUAAUAACAAAAAAAAAACUUUUUUAUACAACAAAAUAUUGCAGAAAAUUGAUGUAUUGUUAAAUACAUGUAAAAAAACUAAUUGAUAUUAUUAAUCAUUUAAAAAAAUAAAAUAAUUAAAAAAAUAUUAAUAUUAAAGAAGAAAAAAAUUAAUGUAAUAGACAACUUUCAUAUCAAAUUUUUUUAUACUGACAACAAUUAGCAGCAGAUUUUCCAUUCACUCCAUUUAAAUACAUUGCAUGUGCGCUAUUCAACAUAAAAAUAACAAACUAAAUAUUUCUACUAGCUUUUAAAUGGUUCAUAUUUUAGAAAAAAAAACAAACAACAUCUUUCAAUACCUUUUUAUAUAUAUCUCUAAGGUAUCAAUUAAUAUACGAGUGUACAACACAUUUACUAGUAUCUAUCACAUUUUGAUUAUAUUAUAUAUAAAUAUAUAUAUAUUAUAUAUAAAAAUAUAUGAAGAAAGGAAAGUGAAGUGACAUAAAAAAAAAUAGGAAUCAAAAAGCAUUCAAACUUAUAAAGGACGAAAUGCGUGAGAAGAGAAACAAAUUAUACAUUCAAGAAUAGAAGAAAUAUGUUGCUCAAAAUCUUUGACGAGUGUGAGUUAUACUUUUAAGACAUAUUUUUACUGAUAUAAUGAUAUA